AUGUUCAUAGCCAUCGUGGGGACUCGUUUUUCUGGGAAGUCGAGUAUCGAGAACUAUCUUGUGUCUUCGCAUGGGUUUACCUUAGUUCGAAUCAUUCAAUCCGAUUCCAAUGUCGGUGGAACGGAGGAAAAAUUUGAGGUCAUUGAAUUGGCAUCCACCUCUUCAGAACACUCCAAUGCUACUUCUCGUUACCGCAUGAAUACCAGUGAUGUCGCUAAGCAUCUCUCCUUUCUCUCCAUGAGCCCACUACCAUCCCCCGCCACUAUACGUACGCAACAGCAGUUCACACAACAGCAAAGCCUAUGUUUCUCUAGUCAUACCGAACUGCUGGACUAUGUCACUAAAAACUGGCGUAAUGACUUCGUAACAUCGGAUCUACGGACAAGAUCUCUAAUUGAAACCUUCGUUCGGCGCCCAUUUUUCCUACUCGUCAGUGUUGAUGCACCUUUGCUUGAAAGGUUCCAUCGUUCAAAAAGCUUCGUAAACAUCUCACUUGCGGACUUCAUUGCAGAAGAUGAUCGCGUAGUCUUUGGAUCUCGAUAUUUAUCUUCUUCACAGGCCGAAUCACUGCAGAAACUAAAUGAUCUCGUAAAUAUCCAAAUCGUCAAUUCAUUUUCAUCACUUUCAGGUCUUCACUCAUACCUUGACAACCUUGAUCUACUUCACCCAGAGCAUCUUCGACCUAGUUGGGAUGCCUAUUUUAUGACUCUUGCGUCUCUUGCAUCUCGCCGUUCCAAUUGUAUGAAACGUCGUGUUGGUGCCCUGUUAGUACGUGAGAAUCGUGUUCUUGCAACAGGGUACAACGGCACAGCAAGAGGACUGUUGAAUUGCAACGAAGGGGGAUGUGCGCAUUGCAAUGGAACCAAUGACACGAACGGGAAAUGUCAGGAAUGUCUGUGUUUACAUGCAGAAGAAAAUGCAUUGCUUGAAGCAGGCCGUGAAAGGAUUGGUCAAGAUUGCGUCCUCUAUUGUAACACGUGUCCAUGUCUCAAAUGCACUGUCAAAAUCAUUCAAACGGGGGUCAAGACUGUUGUAUACAACCUAACGUACAAAGUGGAUGAUGCAUCUGCCGCUCUGUUCAAAGAGGCUGGCGUUCAACUGCGCAGAUACGACCCUAAUACUCGGUUUCGCUUGCCUCCAGCGGAGGAUGAAGGAUUAAUUUCAUUGACUUCUGAACCGGAAUCUGACCAUGAUACCAUUGUGCUAUAG